CUCACGACAGCACAGCACCUCUGACGUUUUCUCUAGGCAGACGUCGAUCACACACGUGAUCAGCAUACGUGGAUUGCAGGCUCAAGCACUCGUGCCGCAAGUCGUGGCGGGUCGGCGACCGGCAGGGAUUGCGCGUCUCCAAGCGGGUCGACGACGCCGUGACACCCUAUCAUCAAGUACUUUUGUGGAAGACGUGCAGCUCAGGGUAGGUCACUCCACAUGCCAUGCCACUGAUCGCAGUUACGUUGCUACAUACGCGUCUCGCCGGCACUGCCAGUGACGCAGAGAAUACUUGGGGAAUAAUAGGAACCAAACAACAGCUGCGGGGCUGCUGUGCAGUCAUCAAGUCGCAUAUAAAUUGCCGGUCAUUGUCCAUUGUCACUGAUCUCCUAUUGAUCUUCUGAGAUGUCGCACGGGGGCGAAAAGUUUCAAGUUAUCAUUGCAGGAGCAGGCAUUGCAGGGGCUGCUAUGGCUCUCUUCCUGUCACGCCUAGAUAUUCAUCUUACUAUCCUCGAAAGUCGUACCUGUCGGCCUAACACAGCUGAAGGCGGGAUGAUUAUGCUCGGACCAAAUGGCAUGAACGUCCUCCAUGGACUCGGAUUGAGCAGAAAACUAUUUCAGAGAGAGACCGGUAUCCAAGUGUCGCAUAUUACGAUUAGAGAUGGCUCGGGUGACCUUAUUGGUCAAGUGCCUCAAGGCAGCGUGGAAUGCCAUGGCUCCGCAUCCACUGCACUUCUGCGGUGGGAUAUUCAUGAAGUUUUGUUGGACGCCCUUGAGGAGAGGCGAAUUGACCUUCGGUGGAGCUCGCGCGUCGAGUCUACGGAAGAACUUGACAGCGGUAUCACCGUCCGCUGGUCGGAAGCCGGUGAAGUGAAGGAGAAGAAGGCGGAUCUCUUGAUCGGAGCAGACGGUAUUUGGAGCACCACUAGACCCAGUAUGUACGAAUGCCUGGGGUUGGCGGUGCCUAAGCCAAGGUACAGUGGCCUCGUUGGAAUUGGGUUUAUCCUUGACACAGACUCUGUACCGGGCCUUGCAACUUUCAUUACCCUGGAACAACCGAUCGUUAUGGUCCAUGAUCGUCUCGGUUUCGUUGGUAUAAUGUUAUAUGACAAGAAGGGCCAGAAAGUAGGCUGGUGGACGACGCAUGAAGCCUCCGAAAGGUCUCGUGAGGAGUGGAAACUUCCAAGAGAACAAAUACUUCAUGAGCUUUAUGAACGAUACUCUACGUGUGCGUUCCCCAUACACCAGCUGAUACAAGCAUCAGAAAAUUCCGGAGAUCAGCCCUUUAUCUGGCCGGUAUACGAAGUAGAGAAACUUGGCCACUGGCAUAGCCGAAGGACGGUGUUGAUAGGCGAUGCUGCUCAUGCCAUGCCACCGCACUCGGGUCAAGGGGCAUCGCAGGCCCUUGAAGACGCUGGGUACCUUGCCCACCUCCUCCGCCAGUACCUCAACCAGCACCGCGACUCGGUUGGAGUGUCCGCGACGGCAGAUUUGCAUUCCGUCCUCGAUACCUUUCAGAAAGAGCGACAACCUCGGGUUGAUGAGAUUGUCAACGAAGCCAAUCGGCGUGGAGACAUGAAACGCGAAACUGGUAGGGUGGGGAUGUUCGUCCGAAAGUGGAUGAUGAGAAUUAUCUUCUUCUUUAUGACACAACGAUGGAUGGACAGAUGGUUUGCAUAUAAGGUGCCAGGCAUCGAAGAUUGGGAGACAUCGUGUCCGGGAGAGUAGUUAGUCUCGCUAUCUUUGUUCAUUAACUCCGACAUGUCUUCUCUGACGACUUCCAGCAGUACGUAUGUACCAUGUAUUUUGAAUUCUUAACACAGGAUGCGUUUGGUCAAUACACUCACCCACUACUGUUUCUCCAACAUCGCGCCCUUAGUGCCUCUCACAAUUUGCUUGCAACCAUGUUUUAUCUUUCAAG